AGGGAGACGUGCGUGUGCGCAGCUAGGGCGACAAACCGCCAGCCGCUGCUCCCCGUGCAUCCCAGCGGCAUCAUGGCCGAGGACCGCAGUGCACUGUGGGGGCUGGUGGAGGAGUUUGUGGCCGGGCAACAGGACGGCAGCGCUGGGGAGGUGGCAACAGGUGUAAAGGAUGGAGUUUUCACAGUUUUACAGUUGGUGGAGUCACUCGGGUCAUGUCUUGCCAACACAGAACCAAGAACGAGAGGUCGUGGCGUGCAGCUCCUCUCGCAGGUUUUACAACAGUGCUACUCUAGAUUAAAGGAAAAGGAAGUGGAAGUUCUGGUUGUGUUUUAUGAAAACCGACUGAAAGAUCAUCAUCUCAUUAUACCACAUGUGCUACAGGGACUCAAAGCGUUGAGCAUGUGUGAAGUCUUACCCCCCGGGCUGGCAGUAUCCGUACUCAAGUCAAUAUUUCAGGAGGCUCAUGUCCAGUCCUUGAUGCAGAUGGAUCGUCACACAGUCUAUAUGAUCAUCACUAACUUUAUGAAGAUUCGUGAAGAAGAAUUAAAAAAUCUUGGAGCAGAUUUUACUUUUGGGUUUAUCCAAGUUAUGGAUGGUGAGAAGGAUCCUCGUAACCUGCUUGUUGCUUUCCAUAUUGUUCAUGACAUUAUCACAAAGAACUAUAACCUUGGUCCAUUUGUUGAAGAAUUGUUCGAAGUGACAUCCUGCUACUUCCCUAUAGAUUUCAAUCCUCCAACCAAUGAUCCACAUGGUAUAACCAGAGAAGACCUGAUGCUGGGCUUGCGAGCAGUCUUGACUUCUACACCUCGUUUUGCAGAGUUCUUACUUCCACUACUUAUUGAGAAGAUGGAUUCUGAUAUACAAAGUGCCAAGUUGGAUUCACUGCAGACACUGACUGCUGCUUGUGCCAUCUAUGAACAGAAAGAGCUGAAGGAGUUUCUGAUAAGUCUUUGGUCUUCCAUUCGCCGAGAGGUGUUUCAGACAGCAAGUGAAAAGAUCGAAGCUGAAGGACUGGCUGCUCUGCAGAGUCUUUCUUCAUGUCUGUCUCGCUCUGUUCUGACUCCUGACUCAGAAGACUACUUGGAAAUCUUUUUGAACAAUGUUUUAAAAGAUUGCAAACACCAUCUGUGUGAGCCGGAUAUGAAGUUGGUCUGGCCCAGUGCCAAACUCCUCCAAGCUGCCGCCGGUGCCUCUUCUAGAGCAUGUCGGAAAGUGACAUCCAGUGUUCUUCCUUUACUUAUGGAGCAGUACAAUCAACAGGCACAGAGUAGUCAUCGUAGGACAAUCCUAGAGAUGACUGUGGGUUUUCUGAAGCUGCAGAGUAAAUGGUUUGAUGAAGAAGAUGAAAAUGGUCUGGGAAGCUACAAAGACGCCCUGUGUAGUAUGGUGUACUCUGCAGUGACUGAUCCCAGCACCCAGGUUCAUUUAGCAGCUGUAAAGGCUCUCACUGUUCUUGGCACUCAUAAAGGGUUUUUAUCACCUAGUGACAUAGAUCUGGUUGUUGACCACCUAACACGACUCAUCCUAAAAGAAACUGAUUCACAAAGCAGCACAGCUGCUAUUGAAGCCUCAGGAUCCUUAGCCAAAAUUCACCCAUCCCCGUUUAUCAGCAGAAUGAUUCCUCAGCUCUGUUCAUGGCUUCAGACAGAGCCCAUGGAAAUGAAUGUAGAUGACAAUAUGGUGAUCGACAAGAACUUGCUUAAGACUCGAUGUCUGGGAGCAUUAGCUGCUGUAUCAACACACCAAAGUAUUGUAAAAGAGACUGUCCCCAUUCUUCUGGACUAUGUAAAACAAGCGCAGAAAGGGCAAGGAGCAACUAAUGCAGAUGAUAUAGUAUCUGUCUGUAAGAGUCUGCAUCAUGUGGCUGUCCACUGCCAACCAAAUGCAGAGUCUCUCCGGUUCUACCAUCAUGCCGUCAUCCCCUGUCUGCUUUCUCUAACUGUCCAAGCUGCAACACAAGACAGCGUGACUUUCUCAGCAGGACAUAUCCUAUUGGAGGAUGCGGUUCUCAGUGCAAUGGUGCCGGUAAUCAGUGCAGCCUGUACACAUCUCAUCCCAGAAUUAUCGGCCUCCAGUGUUUCCCAAAUUGUGAAUUUAUUUCUGGAUGGUGAUGUUUCUAUACUGAGUGAGAAUAAUUUAAGCAGAAAAUUCCAGCCAUUCCAGAUGGACGCCAACACUGAGUCUCAGAGCCGUCUAGCUGCUCUUCUUAUGGCAUUUGUCUGCUCUCUGCCAAGAAAUGCCGAGAUUCCACAUCUAGGCCGCUUGCUGCAGCAUUUAUUAUCACUCAGCCUGUCUGGAUCCACUUUCUUUGCCUACUCUUCAUCUUCAAAGUGUUUUGCUGGUCUAAUAAACAAGUUCCCUGCAGGAGAACAGCUGGAUGAGAUUCUUCAAGGGGCUGCUCGCAGAAUAGAUUCAGGUCUGAUGGAAGAGGCCAACAGAAUUCAGGCGAUUACACUGCUAGCCUGGCUUACCAAAGCCCUAAUCUUAAGAUACCAUCCUUUAAAUGGACAACUUACCAACAAGAUGAUCGAUUUGCUGUCGGACAGAGAGCUCGGGGGUUCAGUAGCAGACAUGUUCUCCCUGCUUGUGUCUGAUGCUCCGGAUAUCCUUAACAAAGCCUGCCAUGCAGACAUCCGAAUCAUGUUCCGGCAAAGGUUCUUUACGGAGAACGUUCCAAAAUUGGUUCAAGGCUUCAACUCUGCCAAUGAAGAUGACAAACCAAAUUACCUGAAAGCUCUGUCUCACGUCUUGAACUCUUUACCAAAGCAAGUUCUCAUGACUGAGCUUCCAUCGCUGCUAUCACUGCUGCUUGAGGCCUUAUCCUGCCCCGAUCGAAUAGUCCAGUUGUCGACACUUACCUGUUUGGAGCCUUUACUACUGGACGCGGCGGAGAUCUUGAGUGUUCACAUUGAUACAUUAAUCACAAAGCUCCUCUGCUUGUCUUCCAGCCCAGCAAUGGCUGUGCGGAUUACAGCUUUGAAGUGUAUGCUUGCUCUUACAAAGUUGCCCUUGCACAUGCUCCUGCCUUACAAGCAGCAAGUGAUCCGUGCCUUAGUUAAACCAUUGGAUGAUAAGAAAAGGCUAGUGAGAAAGGAGGCAGUGGAGGCUCGUUGCCAAUGGUUUUUACUUGGAAGCCCAGGAAGUUGAAACUGACGUUGGUAGCUAGCGCUGUUUGCACGGAGACAAUCUAACCAGGAUGCCACUAACUUGCUAUACUAGAUCAUACAUAUCUUAAACAAAGUGCCAUCUUGUUUAGCCACUCGUUCCUGCUGAAGGACACCAAACCCUGAACAUUUCUCCCAUGAACUCAUUCCAUAACACCCUUAAUAAUUUCAGUUCUUGUCUGUGUUGGCCAACGACACUUGUUGGCUUGCUUAUAUUGCACUUGAACUACCGUAGCACAAGUUUACACUAGAAAAUUAUCUGGCAUGUCAUCAAGAGGAAGUAUAUAUAAUGUAUAGUAAUGUGCUUUAAUCGCCAGUUCUGUGGCCUGAUUUUAAGAUAAAUGGCAGAUAUUGUUUCCUUUAGGGGAAUGAGUUGUCUGGUCUGAGUGAUGUUAAAGAUUAUAGGAUGCGUGUUCUAACUGGAAUUUCUUUUCUAUUUUCAUAAUAGUAAAGAUUUCAAACAGACGUGGUGCAUUGAGACUGUUGCAUAAACUGACUUGUAAGUGCGUUUUGCACAUAUUUCUGACUUUUCCAGUGAUUUUCAUACUGAAGGAAUCUGAGAACAUACUCCACUUUUGUUUAAUUUAUUUUUUUUAAAUGGAUUCUGCUUGGGUUAAUGCAGGUUUAUAUAACAAACCGCAAAAUGUGCAUUUUCAAACAUUUGGGUCAAUUCUCCCAAGGCAGCCUUUUCUGAUUUUUGUUCUAGCUUCUAAAAAGUCAUGUUCAGUGACUAAGCCAAUCGGAAGCAAGUAGGGUCUAUUCACUAAAUUUCAAGCUCACCAGUCAUUUGAACCCCACGGUUAUCGACUAAUUUGUGGAUUUGCUGUUUAAGAACUCCGUUAUUCACAAAACUGAAUUUGACAGGAAAUUGUAAAUGUCAAGCGAAAACAGCAUUGCUGAGAUUUUUUAAAAUGUGGUUCUUGGUUUAGUGAUUACUAACUAGCUGCAGCUUGAUCAGAGCUACAAAUAUUUCAAAUUAGAAAUAUGGUAAAAUAGGCUGUAUACUUUUGCUUUGACAUAAUUACGAAAUUGGAUAUACUCUUAACAGGGUUGAGUGGAGUGAAACUUUGUUCCCACUUCAGCUAUGCUAGAUUCAUCUAGCUGUUUCUACAAUGUGGGGAACCAUGUGUACACUUAAAUCUUGAAAACCAAAACGAUAUAGUAGCCGUUAAUUUGCUACUGCUCAAAAGUUUUGUGAAUAAAACCAAACUUGAGACCAAAAUAGCUGAGUUGGUAUAAAGCUAUAGUUCAUUUUUGUCUUAUGCCAACUUGACUAGUGUAGCCUGGAUAUGCAAGUUCACUGGUUAGUAAAUAAACAGUGUGAAUGCCUCUCCUUUCCACUUGUAACAUGGCAACUUUUUUGAUAGCACUAAGUGAGAACAAGAGAUGUUACCCAUGAAUUUUACAGGUAGAAGACGCUGAAUAUUUGACGUAAUGAAGUAUGAAAUAAAAAGCCUAGCUCAAGCUUUACAGAGUGUAACAAGUGGAUAGAAAGCUGCCAUGAGUUCUAAAGCCUUAUUAACCAAAUAAAUUAAACUGUAUUGCACA